UUUGGACUCGUAGAAGGAAAGGCAGCCAGCAGCCCAGCGCAGCAAAGCGCUGUGGUAGGCCCUUUCCCCUCCUCCUCCGAAAAUGAUGGCGGCUCGCCGUUUCUCCGCCGCCACGCCCUCCUCUCCCCUCCUCCUCCGCCGCCGCCUCCUCUCCUCUCAGCCACAGCCCACGGCGGCGGCGGCGGAGGCCGACGCGGGCGCGGGGGAGUGGGUCCGUCGCGCGGGGGCGCUCUCGCUUCUGGGGCUCACCGGCGCCGUCGCCGCCAGCGCCGUCAGCGACCUCUCCGUCUUCCUCUCCUGCUCCAGCCAGGCGAUAGAGAAGGCCUCCCAGAACCAGCAAAUAGUGAAUGCGAUCGGCGCGCCCAUCGUGCGGGGUCCCUGGUACAGCGCUUCCAUCGCCGUGAAUCACGCGAGGCAUUCCGUCUCCUGCACUUUCCCCGUGUCGGCGCCUCAAGGAAAUGGGCUUCUCAAGUUCAAGGCUGUUCGCUCGGGAGAUGAGUCGUGGUUUUCAUUUCUGCAGCCCAAUGACUGGGAAAUACUCCUAAUGGAUGCUAUCCUUGAUGUUCCUACUGACGAUGGGAAACACCAAACAAUUAGGGUAACAAUUCCAGACAACACAGCACCUCCACCAGCAAUUGAUUGCAAGGCAUGCAAGUCCCAACCAACGCUGACGCCACCACCACCUCCAUCUCCGUCACCUCCACAGAAGUGAAUUCGUCUGGAGAAAUUCUUUUGGUCCGGAAAUACCUACCUUGGAUUAGUCUUUUUUACUCUAUUCCUCAUUGACCAUGAAAGAAAUAAGUACUGCAGUUGGACCGAGAGAACAGCAGAUUCUUUACUUUUGUUUUUGCAAUGAUACAACAUAGAAUAGGUUACCUGAUUGUUCCCCACUCAGCAAUACUUUGGAAGGUGGAUCCAUCAAUCACUAAACUAGAUUUGCUUUAGGACUUGCUAGCGAGGCAGCGUUUUGGCACUCAAGUUUUUUAGGGUUUAUACUACAUGAUACUCCAUGAGAAUCUAGGUUGGUUAAUUCAGUGCUUCUUCCUGGUUGUCCAAGCCUUCUGGUUGGCAUGUGGAAAUACAUCAUACUAAAUACUGAUAUUAUGUAGCAGUUUGGGUAGGAAUGUACGAUUUGAAGUUCAA